UUAAGAUUCUUUUGAGCUUACGAAAUAGUAGUGCAUGCAAAUUAAAGGGCAAAAAGGUAGUAUAAGUAAACGACCUCUCUUAAUUGAGAGAAUCUUAAGUUUGUUCGUUGUUUCCGGCACUCGUUUCCCAACUCCCCGUUUGAGGGGAAAGAAGUCUUUGCAAUAAUACACAAAAAAAAAUCGAAGCAAAAAUAGGCGUUCAAGAGUAAAACGCGCACACACAUACUGCUACUUUGAGAACAAUGGGAAUUGAAACCUGGAAGACAUUCCCCAAUAUUCUCACCGAGUACCCGCGCCAUGGGGUUCCCUUGCCAUGUUCGGAUCAAAACCCGCGGUUGAAGUGCCCGGAAACUCGCUGGGCCCGCGACUUCUGCUUCGCGCAGGGUGGCAACUGCGAGUACAAAAUUGAGGCCCACUUUGACUGCCUUGCGCAGUACUACCCGGCCGAUCGGAUUGAAGAACUACGAAAAACCUUUAAGCCGAACACGCUGGACUACCCUACCUCCGAUACGUACCUGCGCUACCGACAUUUUUACAUUGGGGCACCUUGGGCUGCCAAAAAUAGCUGGGAGGCGACACGUUAGAUAAAAGGGAAUGGAAGAAUAACAACAAGGAACAACAACCAAGAGACGCCGAAAUGCCUGGGAUUACCGUUCGUUUUCCUUUUCUUAACUGCAUUGAUCAAUGGUAGUGCGGAAUGGGUUUUUCUAGCGAAGACUAUUCUAGGAAAGGGUAAAUUUGUGUUUUCUUUAUGAAUCACCGCUGCUUCGUUUGAGGAGUGAAAAGUAUUUUACGUAACAUAUGCUACUUGAGGUUGGCAUAGUCUCAGGUGAAAAAUAGGGUUAGGGAUAGCAUAAGUAGCUACAACAGAAGUGCUAUAGAAUCGUGAUAUGAUAUCGACUUUGGGCUCAACAUUUGUUUUCUGUCUAUAUUUACAUAUAGGAGAAUGUUUUAGUUAGUGGAUUACUUUUUAGCCUGACUGAAUGAUGAACAACGGUAUUAAAAUACAAAAGACAAAUAUAACGAAAACACACACUCUCAAACACAUAAAAAAA